AUGCCCAUAGCAACAGAAAAUCACUUCUUGAAUAUGCAAAGCAUAGUAGACUUAGACGGCGAAUCAUCAACAGCUUCACCCAAAGUUCAAGCAUUCAAUCCGUCAAAUAACGAGAAUUGUGAUGAGAUGGCAGUACCACGUAUACUUUCUGGUAAGAUUCUUUGUAACGGUUGUGGUUUCGAGAUUAAAGAGAAGUAUAUGGUAAAGGUAGAUGACAAUUGCUGGCAUGAGAACUGUUUGAUCUGUCGUACCUGCCAGAUUCCGCUUAGCGGUUCAACAUGUUAUUCACGUAGCGGGCAAUUAUACUGUAAAGAGGAUUACAUAGUGUAA